CUCUAUGCUUUCAGUCGUCUCUAGGUCCUGCAUUUGCUGGUUGUGCUCGGAGCUCCUGCUGGUAGAAGCGCGCACAGAGAAGAGUGCGGAGGGAAAUGCACAAGGCUCUUCCAUCAAGUCUCUGUGGCUUCAAACACCGACAAGGAAACCUAUUUACCGGCUCUAGGGGAUCCUUGAUGAACUUUGCCACUGUUUUUCCGUGAAUGCAGAAUUUUAUUUGGCUUUUUCUAGAAAAUCCUGAGGAUUUCAAGAUCCAAAAAUGACCCACACAUGUAUCACAUCAAAUGUUGCAGUUGAUAUCUGUAACGUACGUUUUAAAAUGAUCAGAAUGAUGGACCAAACAUCCUACAGGGAAAAGAUGGAGAUGAGGGAGGUAUGCACCAGGUUUACCUUCAUCAAAGGUGAAAAAGCCUAUUAAUGCGUGGUAAAUUAUCAGGAUCGAACAGCCACUCCCAGGAGGAAUGAACGUGCUUAUGUUGCAUAAGGAGUGUAUUGGGACCACAGAUGAACAGCAUCAUGACUCCAGCUGACUCAUAACAUGUGGCUCAAGAUGGAGAGUAAUUGUUCUCAUGGUGCUUUAGAGAUUUUCACCCACAUGCUCCUGAGGAACUGGAAGACCACAGGAGUAGAAUAUGGAACCUGAUCCUACAUCUCUGAAACAAGCAUGGAUCAAACCCAGGACCAGCCCAGCUUCUCUCCACUGCUUUGGGAAAAACUCAACGACUCAAUGAGUUUCCGCAUCACUACAAUGCUGACUUCUUCCAUCAGCUCCCCUACUGCUCCACUCUACCCUUUCCCCACACUGCGGCCCUCCUCCCUUUCUCCACACACCCCCUUUAUCUCAUUCCCUCUUUUUUUCCCAACAUCCUCCUCAGCCAUCAAUGAAUCCAUCAAUGUCUCCUCCUUUCCCUUUUCCCUCUCUAACAUCUCAUACACUGAUUUGAAGGACUUGGAGAGUAUGCUUCUGUGGACCCUCCAUGAACCCAGCACCAUCGCCCUGACCAUCAUGUACUGCUUGUCGUUCAUCUUGGGAUUUAUUGGGAAUUUGAUGUCCCUACGAGUUCUGACCAGCAGGCACAGUCAACGGCUCGCAGGUGUCAGUGCCACAAGGAGUCUCCUGGUGAAUCUGGCUGUGUGUGACCUAGCUGUGGUGUGCGUAUGCAUGCCCAUCACUCUGGGGAACAAAAUCUACACUGCCUGGGUGUACGGUGACCUCCUGUGCCGUGCCGUGCCCUUUACACAGGCCGUCUCAGUGUCUGCCAGUGUGCUGACGCUGACAGUGAUCAGCGUGAACCGCUACUACAGCGUUCAAUCUCCUCUAAAAGCUCGGUCCAUGUUUACACGCCGGAGGAUCUUGGUGACAGUCUCCGUGGUUUGGAUAUUGUCAUCAAUGAUGUGUGCCCCAAUAGCGGUGAUGAACCGUCGGCGAGAGCUCAGCUUUGAGACUUUCACCAUCUUGGUGUGCCAGGAGGAAUGGCCCCAGCUUCGCCUUAAGCAGGGGUACAACGUCCUGCUGUUUGUGAUGCUUUACUGUUUGCCAGUAACGUUUAACCUCACCAUCAGCUUCCUCACGGGGAGACGACUUUGGGGAGGAAGGAAAUCCACUUUCUCUGAUCUGGAUCCUCGCAGCCAAGCUCUUCACACCUCCCGACUAAAGACUAGGCAGAAGAUUGCUAAGAUGGUGGAGAUCUGUAUCGUUCUGCGAAGGUCAUACGGACACGAUACUACCAGAAAGUGGCUGCUGUCUUCAAUAAUUCAUCAUUCUCGAGCUCAGCUGCUGUUGUUGCUCCUUCAACCAAGAUUAAAGAGAGCAAGGUGUCUGCUGCAGAGUGCCACCGCAUAG